AUAUCUAAACUUUGGAAAAGGACCAAGAUUGUAAGUUGUGCUGCUGCUGCAUACAUGCUGUUGUCAAUGAUGGCGGUGAUUAUUCAGUCUAGGAAACGUAAACGAUGUACAAGAAGAUUUGGUAUUACCUAUGGGCCUAUGGAGGCAAGAGAUAGGAUGAGAGUAGAUUAUCUAAAUAACAAAAUUUGGAAGGAUGACACAACUUGCUUGAACAUGUUAAGAUUUAAUAGAGGCAAGUUCUUUCGGUUUUGCAAUCUUUUUAGAGAGCGUGGGUUGCUUCAAGAUACAUGUAACUUGUGUAUUGAGCAACAAGUGGGUAUGUUUCUAAAUACAGUGGGGCAUAACCUUAGGAAUAGGUUAGUAGGAACUAAUUUUGAUAGAUCGGGAGAAACAGUUAGCCGUUAUUUCAACAAAGUACUCCAUGCUAUUGGGGAGCUGCGAGGGGAACUAAUUAGGCCCCCGUCUUUGGACACUCCAAGCAAAAUUGCAGGAAACAACAGAUGGGAUCCUUACUUUAAGGAUUGUAUUGGAGCUAUUGAUGGUACUCAUGUAAGAGCAUCUGUUCCUAAGAACAUUGAGCAUGCCUUUCGUGGUAGGAAAUCCGUUUGCACACAAAAUGUAAUGGCAGCUGUAGAUUUUGAUCUACGUUUCACCUAUGUGUUGGCUGGUUGGGAAGGGGCUGCACAUGAUGCUCUAAUUUUACGUGAUGCUUUAGAACGUGAGAAUGGCCUUCGUGUUCCACAAGGCAAGUUCUACCUAGUCGAUGCUGGAUAUGGAGCCAAACCAGGAUUUUUGCCCCCCUUUCGUGGUGUUCGGUACCACUUAAAUGAAUGGGGAAGUAAUCCAGUUCAAAAUGAGAAGGAAUUGUUCAACCUUAGACACUCAUCACUACGUGUCACUAUAGAGCGGGCAUUUGGGGCACUAAAGAGGAGAUUCAAAAUUCUUGAUGAUGCUACUCCAUUCUUCCCUUUUCCAACACAAGUAGAUAUUGUUUGUGCUUGCUGCAUUAUUCAUAAUUGGGUCAUACAAGAUGGGCGUGAUGAGUUCUUUGCAGAGGAUAUUAAUUGGCCAAGCUACAACCAUGCUUCCACACGCACUGGCCAAGAAAAUAAGCAUGCAGCUAUGGAAGUAGGUGAAGGGCGUGGGGGAACUAGUGGGCAUGCUACAUGGACAUCCGCAAUGUCUGCUUUAAUGCUCUCUCACCUCAAUGAUUUGGUGGCUACUGGUUUGAAGACAUCAAAGGGCUUUAAGAAACACCUUUUCAAUGGUUGUGCUAGGGCUAUCAAUGAGAAGUUCACCACAAGGAUCACUGGUGAGCAAGUCAAGAAUCAUUUGAAAACAUGGCAGAAAAGGUAUGCAAAGAUAAAUAGAUUGAAGAAGUUGAGUGCAGCCUUCUUUGAUGAAGAAAACUGCAUGAUUACACUAGAUGAGGAGCACUACAACGGUCAUGUCCAUGAUCACAAGUCUGAUGCUGAGUUCUUGAACAAGCCCCUCUUGCACUAUAGAGAGAUGGAGGCAAUAUUUGGUAAUAGCAUGGCUACUGGAAAUUUUGCAAAAGACACAAGUGCACCUCUAGGUAGAGAGGAGGAUGAGGGUGAAAGUCAGGAAGAGGGGGAUGAGGUUACUGGUCAUGGUCUAAGUGAUGGGCCUACCAAUCAAGGGGCAACAUCUUGUGCUAGUAGACCAAGUAAGAAGGCCAAGGUAGCUGCAAUGGAGGAGGAUGGGCUGGUUGCCGCUUUCAAAAGUGUAGGUGAGAACCUUGCUGCUGCCAUAAAAUUGGUUGCUAAACCUGAUAAUGAGCUGCCAGCUGACCUAUUUGACAUCUUGAACCAACUUCCUGGUUUUACUUCAGCACACAUAUCUUUCUACUAUGCUCAUUUGGUGGCCAAUCCUCACAUUGGCAAAGCUUUCUAUAAUCUGCCAUUCGAGCACAAGUUAAAUUGGAUCACAAUGUUCAUCGCUGAGAAGUUCCCUGGAAUGUAA